AUGGAUCUUGGUAUACUUAUAGACUCCAAACUGAUUUUCAACGAUUGUAUUUCUCAGGCUGCUAGAAAAGCAAAUAGAAAAAAUAAUUGGUUUGCUAAAACAUUACAUAAUUUCAAAAAUGCACCUAUAGCAGCUUUUUUGCUUAUUUGUGAAUCUGUGGUUAGGUCAGUUCUGGAGUAUGGAGUAAUUGUAUGGUACCCCUUUAGAAAAUACCAAAUUAAACGCUUAGAAAGGAUUUAG